UUGGCACCGCGCGCUCCACGCGGGACAGCCUUGUGUCCCCUCAGCCCUUGCUGAGAGUCAUACAAUGAUUCUGGGCCGCUAGGGGACCGCGCGCCUUCCUCCUCAGUUCAGGGAGGGGACACCAGCGGUCAGUGGAGACCGGAGGAUCCUUUGGAGAGCUCCAGUACCCUGGAGACACGAUGGAGAGCUCCAACAGCGAGCCGAGCGCCUACGCGUCCACCGCAGCGCUCAUGCAACUUCUGAACUUCACAGAGGAUCCAGUCAGCUUCUCCGAGAGUCCUUCCAUGGCAGGGUUGCGAGCCACAGAAGAGCCUCUUUCACUUGUGCUCAGCAGCUUCAGGACUGACGCGGCUCCAGCGGGGCUCCUGGCGGGUCCGUUCUCGCCCUCCGAAGAGCCCACUCACCUGAUUGUGGCUUUCUGGGAUUCACCCUUGAGUCACGGGAUUAACGUGUUUGUAGGCUUUGUCCUGUGCUUCACCAUGCUGGGGCUGGGCUGCACGGUGGAGCUCAGUCAGCUGGGCGAGCACAUCCGAAAGCCCAUAGGAGUCCUGCUGGCGGUGGUGUGCCAGUUUGUCCUCAUGCCCCUCAUCGCCUUCCUCCUGGCUCUGACCUUCUCCCUCAACGAUGUGGCCGCUGUGGCCGUGCUGCUGUGCGGCUGCUGCCCUGGAGGAAACCUCUCCAACAUCCUGUCACUGCUGGUCAACGGAGAGAUGAACCUCAGCAUCAUCAUGACCAUCUCAUCCACUAUUCUGGCUCUCGUUCUCAUGCCUCUGUGUCUGUGGAUGUACAGUCGCGCGUGGAUCAACACACCCGUGGUGAACCUUCUGCCCUUCGGUGCGAUCAUUCUCACACUCUGCAGCACUCUCAUUCCCAUCGGGUUCGGGGUCUGGCUCAGAUACCGCUAUACUCGAGUGGCCGAAAUCAUCAUCAAGGUGUCUCUGUGGUCUCUUCUGGUCACUCUGCUGAUGCUCUUCAUCAUGACUGGAACUAUGCUGGGUCCGGAGCUGCUGGCCACCAUCCCUGCCUCUGUCUACCUGGUGGCCGUACUCAUGCCCAUGGCUGGCUAUGCGGCAGGAUACGGCCUUGCAACACUCUUUGAUCUCCCCCCCAACAGUCGGAGGACUGUGUCUUUAGAGACGGGCUGUCAGAACGUACAGCUGUGCACGGCCAUCCUGAAGCUGGCGUUCCCUCCACAGCUGAUGGGAGGCAUGUAUAUGUUUCCUCUGCUGUACGCGCUCUUCCAGGCAGCAGAGGCUGGCAUCUUCAUUCUGGCUUAUCACAUGUACAGGAAAGAGGUAUUACAUAAACAGGACCUCACGGAGGAUGCUGACGAUGAUUCAAACAUAUCCUACAAGAGAAUGAAGGAAGAAGACUUGCCGUUUGAUUCUACGUAUGGUGCGGUAACAGAGAGCGACCCCAAUGUCAUCGUGCUGGAGUCACGGGAUGGUGCUGGAAGCCCCACAGCUGUAUAAGGGAACAAAAACAACUGACUUCGGACUUACUACAGACACUGGACCUGCACAUUUACAUCAGGAUUUAUUCAUGCCAUCACUCACUGCUGAAUUUCUUAAUCACCCACAGCAUUAAAACUAAUAUGUGCCAAAAGUGACUGUGAAAAUGAAAACUAAUAUCAUGACAUCAUACUAAAGUUGACAACAUUAGCUUCAUUUAAACCCACUAGCCAAAUAUAACCAGUCAAUAGAAUAUUUCUAAAAUUAGCAUAAAAAAUAUAAUUUAAAACAUUAGUAUAAAAUAUAUAUAUAUAUAUAUAUAUAUAUAUAUAUAUAUAUAUAUAUAUAUAUAUAUAUAUAUAUAUAUAUAUAUAUAUACACUGUAAGAUAAAUAAGAUUAGAAAGAGAGAUGGUUUGUCUGCAUAUAAAAUAUGAAUUAUAUAUUUUUGUUAUUACUGAGAUUAUUUCAUUCAUUCAUUCAAAAAAAAUUAAUAGUCAAAGCCACUUUCAGUUUGACAGAAGUGUGCAAAUUAUACAGCAUUAAUAUAGAUUGAUGCUGCUGUUUGUAAAUGAGUCAGUGCCAUUACCUCCGUAAAUGAAUUACAUUGGUUUAUUUGAUUGUGUGGACCAAGAGGAUGAGAAGAUUGAUUCACAUCCCAUGUGGUAUGUGUGUUGGCUUUAUAUUUGCACAUCACACUGUAUGCUUCUGAUUCCAAACCUGGGAGAAAAUAUGUUUUCUGAGUUUAUUACUUCAAGAAGAGUGGAAUUUUACAGGAUUACCACAGCUUGAUACACUCAAAAAAUGACUCUUUGGCUGAACAUGAUUCAAUCAUGGACAGCGAUUCCUUGUGUUUGUACCAUGUUAUCUGGACAUGAAUAAAUCAAGUUAUUAGGACAUAGGACCAAUGUCCAUGCAAGUUUAUCCAAAGUUUUUUAAUAACAUUACCAAGUAAGAUAUAACUUUCUUUACAGAAGAUGUUAGUAGUUUAAUGCAAGUACUGCGAGUACAUCAUGCACUAGCACUCUCAUUACAGUAAUUUCUUUAAAUUACUUUAGAUUUUUUUUUUAAAGCAGGUCCUCAACCCAGCCACAAUUCACCAUGAUGGACAAAACACACUGAGAGAAAAGUCCCACAUAAUAGAGCACUGGACAUGAAAAAGUCUCUCUAUUAUCACAUUUUACUAAAAAAAAAAGCAUGAAUUAAAUUUUAUUUCAAACAUUUCUCUCCCCAUAUCCAGCCCUGUGCAAAGCAGGAUGGAAAGCUUAACACUUAUUUUGAGGUACUUGAUCGAAACAUGUUCUUUCAAAGUUUGUGCCAGGAGUUAUGCCAAAUAGCAAUCAUUUCAAGUCAGUUUAACAAGAUGCAGUCAUGUUUGAAUGAAAAACCUGAUAUAUGGUGUUAAAUCAAAAUUAAUUAUUUAAACAAAGUGAAUAGCAUCAUCAAAGACAAAAAAUGCUACAGCAUGUCAGUGUCAUAUAACAAAUGUGAUUUUGAAAAACUUAAAAGCCUAUGGCAAAAAAUAAAAAAAAAUAAAAACCGAUUUAUGUAAAAUAACGUUCAUUCUGGACAAGAAGUGAUCAUGUGAUAGUUUCCAUCUGAUAACAUCUGAACAUGCAUUCCAUCACUGUAACUGAAAUGAAAAUAUUGUACAUGUUUAUCAGAAUAUGUGAAAAUGUCUGCAAGAUAAAUAAAUGUUUAUGACAAUA